UGCAUACGCAGCCCUUUGUGCCUUGCUCUGGGAAGCGGGCGGACAACAUCGCCUCGCGGCGAGUUCUUCAUCGGGCCUACAGUGGGGGGCGCACAGGUAACACGCGCGCGUCACCGUGCAAAAUAACACACGUCAACGGCGACGUACGUGCUCACACACUCUCCACACCUGAGCAAGGCGUCGUUGGAUCGCUCUUGGAACACACCUGCCGCUGGAAAGCGCUGACGACAGAUAGAGAGAGGACAUAGCAACAAGUUGAAGACUGUGGGAGUUCUGCAGGAUUACCGAGGUGUAACAAGUUACUGUGUGUGUAUAGGAACAAGGCUGUGUGACGGCAUCGUGUAUACGUGAACACAACGCUACUGAACAAUGCCGUUUCUCAAGUCCAAGUCUCUUGAGCGGAGCCGCGCGCGGUUUGGCUUCACGCGUGCCGUGGAACAUGGCUUCCCGCACCGACCCAGCUCCAUGGCCUACGACCCCAAGCUCAAGCUCUUCGCCAUAGGAACAGAUACUGGUGCCAUCAAGCUGUAUGGGAGGCCGGGUGUGGAGAUCUCGGCGGUGCAUCGCGCCGUGCUGCCCGUCAAGAAGCUGCUCUUCCUCCCAGGACAGGGUCGCCUGCUCAGUCUGCUAGGCGACAACACAAUACAUCUAUGGGAGAUCAACCCACGAGACGAACUCCGGUCCAUGCUGGAGGAAGUGAACGUGUUUGUUCCAGAUGACAAGAUAGGACGCAUCUCGGCAUGCUGUCUCCUCUCGUCCGGCAAGUUCCUACUGCUGGGUACCGAGGGAGGUAACGUGCAUCUGAUGGACGCCGUCAAUUUCGUGCUUUCCGACCGGGUCGUCUCACAGGAAACCGCCAUGCAGAAUGUGCCCGACGACUACAAGGUUGAUCCCGGCGCCGUGGUCGCCUUGGCACCCCACCCCAUCACCCGCAGCAAGGUGCUGAUUGGCUACUCCAGAGGUCUUAUGGUCACGUGGGACGAAGAGCAGGACGGGACGUCGGAGACGAUAGUAGGCAGCGAGCAGCUUGAAUCCGUAGAGUGGUACAGAAAUGGAGACAAGGUCAUCAGCUCACACACAAAUGGCACCUACUACAUUUGGAGCCUCUCCGAUACCUCCGCCCCAGAGCAAGGCCCCCUAACACCCUUCGGUCCCCCACCCUGCAGAGCGAUCAGCAAAAUAAGCGCCAAAACAACAAAAGACGAGAACUUUUUCUUGUUUACCGGAGGACUUCCACGUGAACGGGACGACCGAGCUACACUUGUCGUGAUGAAAGGUAGAGAUAGCCAGGUUCUCGAAAUUUCAUCCCGCAUAGUAGAUUUUCAUGCCGAGGGAUCUACUGGUCAGCGGACAUGAAGAUGGAUCCAUCAAGUUCUGGGACGUGUCGUCGGUGUCCAUGCGAGCAAUCUACCGCUGCAGUACGUCUGAAGUAUUCGUGACCGGCCGAGAGCAGCAAGGGCAGCCCCUUUCUCCGAAUAGCCAGGUUUUCGACAACCGGUUAAAGGACAUAACGUACGUUGAUGCCGACGCCCUCGAAAGUGGAAAGAGCGAGGAAGAACAGGGUUCGCAGACACCGGGGUCUCAAAAGACACCCCAGGAGGGACGCAUGAUAUUCAAGUACACCGUCGAGGGAGAGACCAAAGAAGGCGUACCACCAAUCCGUAAGAUUGGUCUCUUUGACCCAUUCAGCGACGACCCGCGACUGGCGGUUCAGCACAUCGAACUGUGCCCGUCUACAGGCAUCAUGGCCGUGGGCGGCGCGUCCGGGCAGGUCGUCAUCAUGGAGAUGAGUCCUGUUGGUGAGGGGCAAAGUCAGGAGCUGGUUGCCUCAGCAGUUGACAUAACAAGCGGUGUGGAAGGAUAUCAAUGGAAGGGCAGUGGAAAAUUGACCGCAAGGAGUGAUGUUAUAGCUUUCCCUGGCUUUCAGAGUAGGCAGCUGAUUCAGUGCAACCCCGCUGCCCCCACAACGGCUCUAGCCUUGGAACCGAAGCUCGGCCUUGUCGCUGUUGGCACCAUGCAAGGACUGGCACUAUUUGACUACAGACAGAAGAGAGUGGUCAGCACCAGAUGUACCAUGACCCCCGAAGAAAUAGCUGGUUCACUAGAACCGAGGAGUCAGCAGAGGAAGUCCCUGCGUGACUCCCUCCGCCGAUCCAUCCGCAAAUUCGGUAAGGGGUCGAAGCGCACACCGUCGGCAGAAGACAGUACCGAUACAGUCAAUGACGAUGCAGAGUUCAAAGCCGUCCGAGCCAGUCAAAUAGCUGGCAGCACUAUAAAAUCUUUUGAAUUCAGUCCCAUUGGCCUUAAUGGAGACGAGGGCGGGUCCGCAACGCUCUUUGUCGGAACCAACUCUGGCAAAAUCAUGGCGUACGAUGUCAAGGUGCCCCAGGGCGAUGAUAUGAAGAGAAUGGAAGACGAAGUGACGGCAGAGUACACCAAAGAAGUUCAGCUGCAGCACGGUGCACCGGUUAUCCAUUUGGCCCUCCUGGACGCCUCUGGACGGGUCAUCACAUUCGCGUCGGACGACGACUUGAAGGGUAAAGAAGGACAACAGCUUCUUGUUGUGUCCGAAGAAAAAUUCAAGACGAUUGCCCUACCAACUAUGAAGACACAGCAGAAGUACUGGCUCUCCCUCGAAGACGGCUGCCUGGUCCGCCGAGUCUCCCACAUGAGCAUGCCAGCCACAGAGGUCACAGAGGCCGAAAAUUACGUCACCUGUAUGACAUCUGACGGUGAAGUCUGCGCCUUCCUGACUCCAGCCCUGAAGCAGGUCGCAGAGUUUGAAGUGACAACCAAGGAGAAUGUCAUUGGUACUAAACAAUGUGCCUUGACCAACAAAGGCGAAUGUUUCUAUUUCCUAUCCCCGUCCGAGAUGCAACGGUGCGCCAUCACACCGAAGUAUGUCGUCGAGCCAAAAUGCACCUUCCGCAUCGCCGAGGGAGACCGCCCACCACGGACAACAACAUGGAGACCAGAGGACAUCGAGCUGCCCGUUGUAGGCUCUCCAAUAGGUAUGAUGAAAGGCGCUGUCGAAUCUGUCGGGGAUAAGGUUAAAGGUGCGACAGGGAAAGUAGAAGAAGGAGCAAAAGAAGCUAAGAGUAAAGUAGCUGAUACAGCUAAGAGUGUUGAGGAGAAGGUGGAGGAAAGUGCAAAGCAGGCUAAGGAAAAGACAGAAGAGAAAGCUAAAGAAGUUAAGGAAAGCGUAGAAAGUGCGGCUGAAGCCGCAAAGGACAAGGCAGAGCAUGCUGCAGGGGCUGCAAAAGAAAAGGCAGAAGACAUGGCUAAGGCUGGCAAAGAAAAGGCAGAGCAAGCAGUUGAAGCAGUAGAGCAAAAGGUAGAGCAUGUUGCAAAAGAUGUAACUGAAGCAGCUAUGGGGGCUAAAGAGAGCUUAGCGGCAAAGCUGAAGGGUGCUGAAGCUAAAGCUGACGAUGUAGCUAAAGAAGCAGAAGGGGUAGCAGAUGAAGCAGCUGCGGAAGUAGAACAAUCUGUUAAGAGCGCAGAAGCUAUUGCUGAGGGUGCCAAGUCUGAAGUUGAGGGCACUGUUAAUGAUGCUUUGGAAGAUGCUAAAGAUGCUUCUAAAGCUGCAGAAGCCGCAGCGGAAGCAGCUAAAGAAGAUGCAGAGGCAAAAGUUGAGGGUGCAGUAGCCAGUGCCGAAGCAGUUGCUAAGGAUUCUGUCGAUAAGGUGGAGGGAACUGUAAAACAAGUAGAAGACGAGGCAGAGGCAGCAGUAGAAAGUGCUGCAGUGGCUGUAGAGAAUGCUGAAGAAAAGUUGGAAGAAUCCUCCAAGGAAGCUCAGGCUAGUGUGCAGGGAGCAGUAGAAAACGCACAGGCUCAGGUGGAUGGCGUGGUGGAUGGUGCAGAUAGUGCAGUCGGAGCUGUGACCACCAAAGUGGAGACCUUGGUGCAGGAUGGGGAAACCGUGGUGCAAAAAACCGUUACGGUGACCCAGCAUACCGUGCACGAGGUGGUGGAUGGUGUAUCAGGCCGCUACGAGGUGGAUCUUGAAUCAUCUGGAAUGGAAGUCGACGGUGAGGCACUUGAGGUUAGUACGCCAAAGGGUAGGUUUUCGAGCAGAGUUCGGGGGAUCGACGUAAGCCCAAACCUUGGCAGAUGGAAAUUUGGAGGAAGGGAAAAAGACAUAAGAGGAGAAGUUGCACUACCCGAAGCAGAGCACAUUAUCGGUGCUCGUCGUGAACUCUACAUUGAAGAAGCCGACCUUGAGAUUGAAGCUCCAGAACCGAAGAAGGGGCGUUUUAAUGGCCUGAAAGGCCCUAAGUUUGGUUUUGGACGACGAUCGUACGACGUGCAUGGAGCCGAAAUGGAAUUGAAAGGACAAGAGGGAUCCUUCAGUGGACCAGAUAUCGAAAUGCCAGAAGUUGAGGGGCCAGAUAUGAACGUCGAAGGCCCAGAUGCAAAAGGUGGAUUUAAAUUCAAAGGGCCUAAAUUCGGCAAGCCAGACAUUGACAUCAAAGGGCCAAAAUUCAAAGGACCCGGCUGGAAGAUGCCUUCGUUCGGAGGAAAGGCGGACGUAGAUCUUCCAGACGCAGAAGUUGAAGGACCCGAUGUGAAACUAGAAAGACCUGAUGUCGACUUGGAGGCACCGGAUUUGGAUGUAGAGGGUCCCGACGUUAAGGAAGGUUUCAGAUUGAAGGGACCUAGUUUCGGCAAACCGGACAUUGAUAUCAAGGGACCAAAAUUCAAAGGACCCGGCUGGAAGAUGCCUUCGUUCGGAGGAAAGGCAGACGUCGAUCUUCCAGACGCAGAAGUUGAAGGACCAAACGUGAAGCUAGAAGGACCUGAUGUGGACUUGGAGGGUCCUGAUGUUGAUGUAGAAGGCCCGGAUGUGAAAGGUGGAUUUAAAUUUAAAGGGCCUAAAUUUGGCAAGCCAGACUUUGACAUCAAAGGACCCAAAUUCAAAGGCCCCGGCUGGAAGAUGCCUUCGUUCGGAGGAAAGGCAGACGUAGAUCUUCCAGACGCAGAAGUUGAAGGACCAAACGUGAAGCUAGAAGGACCUGAUGUGGACUUGGAGGCUCCUGAUGUUGAUGUAGAAGGCCCGGAUGUGAAAGGUGGAUUUAAAUUUAAAGGGCCUAAAUUUGGAAAGCCUGACUUUGACAUCAAAGGGCCGAAUUGGAAGAUGCCUUCAUUCGGAGGUAAGGCAGACGUAGAUCUUCCAGACGCAGAAGUUGAAGGACCAAACGUGGAACUGGAAGGACCUGAUGUCGACUUGGAGGGUCCUGAUGUAGAUCUUGAGGGCCCAGAUGUCAAAGGAGGAUUCAAGUUCAAAGGACCGAAGUUUGGCAAACCAAAAUUUAAGAUGCCCAAGUUCGGUGGGAAGGCAGACGUAGAUCUUCCAGACGCAGAAGUCGAAGGACCAAACGUGGAACUAGAAGGACCCGAUGUGGACUUGGUCGGUCCUGAUGUCGAUGUAGAAGGCCCGGAUGUGAAAGGCGGAUUCAAAUUGAAGGGGCCUAAAUUUGGGAAGCCUGACUUUGACAUCAAAGGACCGAAUUGGAAGAUGCCUUCGUUCGGAGGAAAGGCGGACGGAAAGCUUCCUGAUGCAGAAGUCGAGGGACCUGUUAUGAAGGUAGAGGGGCCUGAUGUCGACUUGGAAAGGCCGGAUAUCGAUGUAGAUGGUCCAGACAUGAAGGGAGGAUUCAAAUUUAAAGGCCCCAAGUUUGGGACACCUGAUUUUGACAUCAAAGGACCAAAUUGGAAGAUGCCUUCGUUCGGAGGAAAGGCGGACGUGGAUCUUCCAGAGGCAGAGGUCGAAGGCCCAGAUGUGAAACUAGAAGGACCCGAUGUCGAGAUGGAGGGACCAGAUGUUGAUGGUGGACUAAAAAUCAGAGGCCCCAAAUUCGGUAAACCUGACUUUGACAUUAAGGCACCCAAAUUCAAAGGACCCGGCUGGAAGAUGCCUUCGUUCGGAGGAAAGGCGGACGUGGAUCUUCCAGAGGCAGAGGUCGAAGGACCAAAUGUGAAACUAGAAGGACCUGAUGUGGACUUGGAGGCACCGGAUUUGGACGUAGAGGGUCCCGACGCUAAGGGAGGCUUCAAAUUGAAGGGGCCUAAAUUCGGCAAACCGGACAUAGAUAUCAAGGCCCCCAAAUUCAAAGGCCCCGGCUGGAAGAUGCCUUCGUUCGGAGGAAAGGCAGACGUAGAUCUUCCAGACGCAGAAGUCGAAGGACCAGAUGUGAAACUAGAAGGACCUGAUGUCGACUUGGAGGGUCCUGAUGUUGAUGUAGAAGGCCCGGAUGUGAAAGGUGGAUUCAAAUUUAAAGGGCCUAAAUUUGGGAAGCCAGACUUUGACAUCAAAGGACCGAAUUGGAAGAUGCCUUCAUUCGGAGGUAAGGCAGACGUAGAUCUUCCAGACGCAGAAGUCGAAGGACCAGAUGUGAAACUAGAAGGACCUGAUGUCGACUUGGAGGGUCCUGAUGUUGAUGUAGAAGGCCCGGAUGUGAAAGGUGGAUUCAAAUUUAAAGGGCCUAAAUUUGGGAAGCCUGACUUUGACAUCAAAGGACCGAAUUGGAAGAUGCCUUCAUUUGGAGGAAAGGCGGACGUAGAUCUUGCUGACGCAGACAUCGAAGGGCCAGACGUCAAGCUUGAAGGGCCGGAUGUCGAUGUUGAAGGGCCUGAUGUUGAAGGUGGACUCAAGCUUAAAGGUCCAAAAUUCGGUAAACCUGACUUUGACAUCAAGGCGCCAAAAUUCAAAGGUCCCGGCUGGAAGAUGCCUUCGUUCGGAGGAAAGGCGGACGUAGAUCUUCCAGAUGCAGAAGUUGAAGGACCAGAUGUGGAACUAGAAGGACCCGAUGUCGAUUUGGAGGGUCCUGAUGUAGAUCUUGAGAGCCCAGAUGCCAAAGGAGGAUUCAAGUUCAAAGGACCGAAGUUUGGCAAACCAAAAUUUAAGAUGCCCAAGUUCGGUGGGAAGGCAGACGUCGAUCUUCCUGAUGCUGAAAUCGAGGGACCUGACGUCAACCUGGAGACACCAGAUGUAGAGGGUCCCGAUGUCAAGGGAGGAUUUAAGUUGAAGGGCCCUAAGUUCGACUCACCGGAAAUUGAUAUCAAGGGACCCAAAUUUAAAGGUCCCGGCUGGAAGAUGCCUUCGUUCGGAGGAAAGGCAGACGUAGAUCUUCCAGACGCAGAAGUCGAAGGACCAAACGUGGAACUGGAAAGACCUGAUGUCGACUUGGAGGGUCCUGAUGUUGAUGUAGAAGGCCCGGAUGUGAAAGGUGGAUUCAAAUUGAAGGGGCCUAAAUUCGGCAAGCCUGACUUUGACAUCAAAGGGCCGAAAUUUAGAGGACCCGACUGGAAGAUGCCGAAGUUUGGCGGAAAGGCAGACGUAGAUCUGCCCGAGGCUCAGCUAGAAGGGCCCGAUGUAAAAUUGGAAGGACCUGACGUUGACUUAGAAGGACCGGAUAUCAAUUUAGGAAGUCCCGAUGCGAAGGGAGGAUUUAAGUGGAAAGGUCCAAAAUUUGGGAAGCCCGAUUUCCACAUGAAGAAGCCCACAUUCAAAUCGCCGUCAUUCAGAUGGAAAGGCAAGAAAGUCAAGUCACCUUCUGUCGAGAUCGAUGCCCCAUCAGCAGAAAUAGGAGCCUUGAAUCUGGAAACACCAGGCCUUGACAUUAAUGCACCGAAAGUUAGCGGUGACGUUCCCGACGUCGAGCUGGAAAGUCCUGGAUUUAAGGGUAAAUCUAUGACACUAGGAUCCCCAGAUCUAGAGCUGGAAGGACCAACGCUGAAAUCGCCCUCCUGGUUUGACAGAAUGAAAGCAAAGUUCCGAGGCUCAGGGCGAUUCUCCGGACCAGAUUUCAAUGGUCCGGAAGCGAAAUUCAGGACACCUUCAGGAAACCUGGAGGGACCAGAUGUGACAAUUAACUCACCAGAUAUGAACCUGGAAGGUCCAGAUCUUGAUAUCGAUUCUCCAGACCUGGAUGUGAAAGGGCCAGACGUUGACCUGAAGGGCCCGAAAAUGAAAGGACCAAAAUUUAGGUUUGGAAAGCCAAAAUUCAAAUCACCAGACUUUCACAUGAAGGGACCCAACCUAAAAGGACCCUCCUUUGGUGGUCGUCUUUCUGGUGAAUUCGAACCACCAAAUGUUGGAGGUGAUGUCGACAUAGGCAUAGCGGAAGCAGAGGUCUUGGUACCAGACGCAGAGAUUCCAGACUGGGACGUAAACGUCGAAGGACCAGAGGUUGAAGGCGGUCUUUCAGGAAAAUUCAAGUCUCCAAAACUUAAAGGCCCAGACUUUGAUGUGGACGGUCCGGAUAUUGAUGGGAAGGUCAAAGGCCCAAAGUUCCACAUGCCACACUUAAAAAUGCCAAAGUUCAAGUCUCCGAAAUUCGGCGGGAAGGCGAACAUCGACGUUCCUGAGGGAGAAGUGGAAGGUCCCGAUGUAAACAUUGACGUUGAUGCGCCUGAUGUGGACAUUGAAGGUCCGGACGUCAAAGGCAAAAAAUGGAAGAGGCCAAAAUUCAAAGGUCCAGAUAUUCACAUGCCCUCAGUGAAGAUGCCCAAGUUUGGAGGAAAAGCUGACAUUGACCUUCCAGAGGGGAAUAUAGAGGGUCCAGAUGUCGAUAUCGAUGGACCAGACGUGAAGCUGAAGGGACCAGACGUGGACCUGGAUGGACCAGAAGUGGAUCUUGAUCUUGAGGGACCUGAUGUGAAAGGCGGAAGAUUCAAAAUGCCAAAAUUCAAAGGCCCAGAUUUCAGCAUGCCGAAGUUUGGCGGGAAAGCAGGUGUCGACCUACCAGAGGGUAAACUCGAGGGACCUAAUGUUGAUAUUGAAGGACCGGACGUCAAUCUAGAAGGUCCUGAAGUUGAUGUAGACCUUGAGGGACCAGACAUGAAAGGCGGAAAAUUCAAAAUGCCCAAAAUCAAAGGCCCAGACAUCAGCAUGCCCUCAAUGAAGAUGCCCAAGUUUGGAUUGAAAGGUGACGUUGACCUUCCAGAGGGUGAAUUCGAGGGACCCAGUGUCGAUCUUGAGGGACCAGAUGUUAAUGUUGAAGGUCCUGACGUUGACAUAGACCUUGAGGGACCAGAUGUUAAAGGUGGAAAAUUCAAAAUGCCUAAAAUCAAGGGCCCAGAUUUCAGCAUGCCAUCUAUAGGGAUGCCGAAAUUCGGAGGAAAAGGAGACAUCGACCUGCCAGAAGGCGAACUUAAAGGACCCAGUGUUGAUGUGGAGGGACCAGAUGUCAAUCUUGAAGGUCCUGACGUUGACGUUGACCUUGAGGGACCAAACGUGAAAGGUGGAAGAUUCAAAAUGCCGAAAUUCAAGGGCCCAGACUUCAGCAUGCCGUCCAUAGGGAUGCCGAAGUUUGGAGGAAAAGGUGACAUUGACCUGCCAGAAGGCGAAGUUAGAGGACCCAGUGUUGAUCUCGAGGGACCAGAUGUUAAUGUUGAAGGUCCUGACGUUGACGUAGACCUUGAGGGGCCAGACGUAAAAGGAGGAAAAUUCAAAAUGCCGAAAUUCAAGGGCCCAGAUUUCAGCAUGCCGUCCAUAGGGAUGCCGAAAUUUGGAGGAAAAGGAGACAUUGACCUGCCAGAAGGCGAAGUUAGAGGACCCAGUGUUAAUCUCGAGGGACCAGAUGUCAAUGUCGAGGGUCCUGACUUGGACGUAGAUCUUGAGGGACCAGACGUGAAAGGCGGAAAAUUCAAAAUGCCGAAAUUCAAAGGCCCGGAUAUCAGCAUGCCGUCCAUAGGAAUGCCGAAAUUCGGGAUGAAAGGUGACGUUGACUUGCCAGAAGGUGAAGUCAGAGGCCCUGAUGUCGAUAUUGAAGGGCCCGACGUCAACAUUAAGGGACCAGACGUGGACGUUGAAGGGCCGGAUGUUGACCUUGAAGGACCUGACGUCAAAGGCGGGAAAUUCAAAAUGCCCAAAAUCAAGGGCCCAGACUUCCACAUGCCGUCGAUGAAGAUGCCGAAAUUUGGUGGAAAAGGCGAGGUGGACCUUCCGGAAGGAGAGCUUGAAGGGCCCGACAUCGGAGUGAGUGGGCCUGAUGUUGAUGUGCAGGGUCCGGAAAUGAAAGGAAAAAUAAAAGGCCCCAAAAUCAAGGGUCCGGGCUUUCACCUACCCCAUAUGAAAAUGCCGUCCUUUAGAAAACCUAAGUUUGGCGCUGAUGUUGAUCUACCGGAAGCCGAAGUUGAAGUACCUGAUGUAAAUCUGGAAGGACCGGAUGUGGACGUCACGGGUCCUGACGUAAAUCUCCAUGGCCCUGACGUUGACUUGGAAGGCCCAGACGUUUCCGGUAAAAUCAAGGGCCCCAAAAUCAAGGGUCCAGGCUUUCACCUGCCUCACAUGAAGAUGCCAUCCUGGAGAAAGCCCAAACUCGGAGGAAAGGGAAAGAUAGACGUACCAGAUGUAGAAGGUCCUGAUGUGGACUGGGAGCUCCAGGGACCUGACGUGGAUGUGGAAAAGCCAGAUAUCGAUGUUAACGUUGGUGCACCUGAUGUUGAUGUCGAAGGUCCGGAAAUGAAAGGAAAGUUCAAAGGACCAAACAUUAAGGGACCUAACUUUCACAUGCCUCACUGGAAAAUGCCGAAAUUUAAGUCUCCCAAGUUUGGAGGAAAGGCGGACAUCGACUUGCCCGAGGGAGAGGUAGAAGGGCCGGACAUUAACGUGAAGGGCCCCGAUGUUGACGUAGACAUGGAAAGUCCUGAAAUGAAAGGUGGAAAGUUCAACCUGCCCAAAUUCAAGGGACCAGAUGUCAGCAUGCCUUCAAUGAAAUUGCCUAAAUUCGGUGGAAAGGCUGACAUCGACCUCCCAGAAGGUGAAGUGAAAGGCCCAAAUGUGGACUUGGAGGGCCCAGACGUCAAUGUCGAAGGUCCAGACGUAGAUCUUGACCUUGAGGGGCCAGACGUCAAAGGUGGAAGGUUCAAGAUGCCGUCAAUGAAAGGACCUGACAUCAGCUUGCCGUCCAUGAAGAUGCCCAAGUUUGGAAUGAAAGGCGGAAAAGCUGACCUUGACUUACCUGAAGGAGAGGUACACGGACCAUCCGUUGAUCUGGAAGGUCCUGACAUUGACGUGAAUGCGCCAGACAUGGACAUCGAAGGCCCAGAGGUCAAAGGCGGAAGAUUCAAAAUGCCGAAAAUCAAGGGUCCAGAUUUCAGCAUGCCGUCAAUAGGGAUGCCGAAGUUUGGAGGAAAAGGAGACAUUGACCUGCCAGAAGGAGAGGUCAGAGGACCCAACGUUGAUGUAGAGGGCCCAGAUGUUAACCUGAAGGGGCCAAGUGUUGACGUUGAUGUCGAUGCCCCUGAUGUCGAUAUUGAAGGGCCUGACAUGAAAGGAGGAAGAUUCAAAAUGCCCCAUCUGAAGGGCCCUGAUAUCCACAUGCCUUCCAUGAAGAUGCCGAAGUUCGGAAUGAAAGGCGGAAAAGCUGACCUUGACUUACCUGAAGGAGAGGUACAAGGACCGUCCGUAGAUCUGGAAGGUCCUGACAUUGACGUGAAUGCGCCAGACAUAGACAUAGAGGGCCCAGAGGUCAAAGGCGGAAGAUUCAAAAUGCCGAAAAUCAAGGGUCCAGAUUUCAGCAUGCCGUCCAUAGGGAUGCCGAAGUUUGGAGGAAAAGCAGACAUUGACCUGCCAGAAGGCGAAGUUAGAGGACCUAGUGUUGAUCUCGAGGGACCAGAUGUUAAUGUUGAAGGUCCUGACGUUGACGUAGAUCUUGAGGGGCCAGACGUAAAAGGAGGAAAAUUCAAAAUGCCGAAAUUUAAGGGCCCAGAUUUCAGCAUGCCGUCAAUAGGGAUGCCGAAAUUUGGAGGAAAAGCAGACAUCGACCUACCAGAAGGCGAAGUUAGAGGACCCAGUGUUGAUCUCGAGGGACCAGAUGUUAAUGUUGAAGGUCCUGACGUUGACGUAGACCUUGAGGGGCCAGACGUAAAAGGCGGAAAAUUCAAAAUGCCGAAAUUCAAAGGCCCGGAUAUCAGCAUGCCGUCCAUAGGAAUGCCGAAAUUCGGGAUGAAAGGUGACGUUGACUUGCCAGAAGGUGAAGUCAGAGGCCCUGAUGUCGAUAUUGAAGGGCCCGACGUCAACAUUAAGGGACCAGACGUGGACGUUGAAGGGCCGGAUGUUGACCUUGAAGGACCUGACGUCAAAGGCGGGAAAUUCAAAAUGCCCAAAAUCAAGGGCCCAGACUUCCACAUGCCGUCGAUGAAGAUGCCGAAAUUUGGUGGAAAAGGCGAGGUGGACCUUCCGGAAGGAGAGCUGAAAGGGCCUGACAUCGGAGUGAGUGGACCUGAUGUUGAUGUGCAGGGUCCGGAAAUGAAAGGAAAAAUAAAAGGCCCAAAAAUCAAGGGUCCGGGCUUUCACCUACCCCAUAUGAAAAUGCCGUCCUUUAGAAAACCUAAGUUUGGCGCUGAUGUUGAUCUACCGGAAGCCGAAGUUGAAGUACCUGAUGUAAAUCUGGAAGGAACGGAUGUGGACGUCACGGGUCCUGACGUAAAUCUCCAUGGCCCUGACGUUGACUUGGAAGGCCCAGACGUUUCCGGUAAAAUCAAGGGCCCCAAAAUCAAGGGUCCAGGCUUUCACCUGCCUCACAUGAAGAUGCCGUCCUGGAGAAAGCCCAAACUCGGAGGAAAGGGAAAGAUAGACGUACCAGAUGUAGAAGGUCCUGAUGUGGACUGGGAGCUCCAGGGACCUGACGUGUAUGUGGAAAAGCCAGAUAUCGAUGUUAACGUUGGUGCACCUGAUGUUGAUGUCGAAGGUCCGGAAAUGAAAGGAAAGUUCAAAGGACCAAACAUUAAGGGACCUAACUUUCACAUGCCUCACUGGAAAAUGCCGAAAUUUAAGUCUCCCAAGUUUGGAGGAAAGGCGGACAUCGACUUGCCCGAGGGAGAGGUAGAAGGGCCGGACAUUAACGUGAAGGGCCCCGAUGUUGACGUAGACAUGGAAAGUCCUGAAAUGAAAGGUGGAAAGUUCAACCUGCCCAAAUUCAAGGGACCAGAUGUCAGCAUGCCUUCAAUGAAAUUGCCUAAAUUCGGUGGAAAGGCUGACAUCGACCUCCCAGAAGGUGAAGUGAAAGGCCCAAAUGUGGACUUGGAGGGCCCAGACGUCAAUGUCGAAGGUCCAGACGUAGAUCUUGACCUAGAGGGGCCAGACGUUAACGGUGGAAGGUUCAAGAUGCCGUCAAUGAAAGGACCUGACAUUAGCUUGCCGUCCAUGAAGAUGCCCAAGUUUGGAAUGAAAGGCGGAAAAGCUGACCUUGACUUACCUGAAGGAGAGGUACAAGGACCGUCCGUAGAUCUGGAAGGUCCUGACAUUGACGUGAAUGCGCCAGACAUGGACAUCGAAGGCCCAGAGGUCAAAGGCGGAAGAUUCAAAAUGCCGAAAAUCAAGGGUCCAGAUUUCAGCAUGCCGUCAAUAGGGAUGCCGAAGUUUGGAGGAAAAGGAGACAUUGACCUGCCAGAAGGAGAGGUCAGAGGACCCAACGUUGAUGUAGAGGGCCCAGAUGUUAACCUGAAGGGGCCAAGUGUUGACGUUGGUGUCGAUGCCCCUGAUGUCGAUAUUGAAGGGCCUGACAUGAAAGGAGGAAGAUUCAAAAUGCCCCAUCUGAAGGGCCCUGAUAUCCACAUGCCUUCCAUGAAGAUGCCGAGGUUCGGAAUGAAAGGCGGAAAAGCUGACCUUGACUUACCUGAAGGAGAGGUACAAGGACCGUCCGUAGAUCUGGAAGGUCCUGACAUUGACUUGAAUGCGCCAGACAUAGACAUAGAGGGCCCAGAGGUCAAAGGCGGAAGAUUCAAAAUGCCCCAUCUAAAGGGCCCUGAUAUCCACAUGCCUUCUAUAAAGAUGCCAAAGUUCGGAGGUAAAGCAGAUGUUGAUCUGCCAGAAGGUCACGUUGAGGGUCCUGAUGUUGAUGUAGACUUAAAUGCUAAAGGUCCAGACGUGGACAUAGACGUAGAAGGGCCUGACGUGAAAGGUGGAAAAUUCAAAGGACCCGACUUUCACAUUGGGAAACCUAAUAUAAAAAUGCCUUCCUUCAGGAAACCCCACUUUGGUGGUAAGGCCGAUGUUGAUCUGCCGGAAGGGGAACUGAAAGGACCGGAAGUUGACGUUGAUGCUAGCCUUGAAGGACCUGACGUUGACAUCGACAGUCCUGAUUUGAAAGGAAAGAUGUCAAGUCCCAAGUUCAAGGGACCAAGCUUUGAUAUGCCGUCUAUGAAAUUGCCAUCCUUUGGCUGGAAACAGAAAGGGCCAAAAGCCAAUAUAGAUCUUCCAGAAGCAGAGGUUCAGAGGCCAGAGGUCGGCAUGGAAGGACCAGAUGUAAACUUAAGGGGUCCAGACUUUGAUGCAUAUGUUGAAGGCCCAGACGUAGAUCUUGAAAGGGCAGGCAUCAAGGGAAAAGUUAAAUCACCAAAAUUCAAAGGACCUGAUGCCACACGUAAAGUUUCCUUCUCUGGGAAGAAAAGCAAGCCUCCUUCGGGGGAGAUAGAUGUGGAUGUCAACGCUCCGAAUGUGAGCGUAGAAGGCCCAGACGUUGACGUGGAAGGCCCAGAGGUAAAAGGAAAGAUGAAAUCUCCAAAAUUCAAAGGUCCAGACUUCCACAUGCCACACGUUAAGUUUCCUUCUCUGGGAAGAAAAGCAAGGCCUCCUUCAGGGGAGAUAGAUGUAGAUGUGGAUGCCCCGAAUGUCAGUGUAGAAGGCCCAGACGUUGACGUGGAAGGCCCAGAGGUAAAAGGAAAGAUGAAAUCUCCAAAAUUCAAAGGUCCAGACUUCCAUAUGCCACACGUUAAGUUUCCUUCUCUGGGAAGAAAAGCAAGGCCCCCUUCAGGGGAGAUAGAUGUAGAUGUGGAUGCCCCGAAUGUCAGUGUAGAAGGCCCAGACGUUGAGGGCCCAGAGGUAAAAGGAAAGAUGAAAUCUCCUAAAUUCAAAGGACCUGACUUCCACAUGCCACACAUGAAAUUUCCAUCUUUUGGAAGAAAAGCAAGGCCUCCGUCGGGGGAGAUAGAUGUAGACGUCGAAGGCCCGGAUGCUAGAAUUGAAGGACCUGACGUCACGGGUCCAGAAGCUAGAGGCGGGAUAUCAGGGAAGUUCACGGGACCAAAGUUUAAAGGCCCGAAAUUCGGCUUAGGAGCCAAGGGCCACGACCUCGACGCGAACAUAGAUCUUCCUGAAGGAGAAGUAAGAGGUCCCAGUGCGGAUCUAGAGGGCCUGGAUGUCGACAUCCAGGGACCACAUACGGAAGGAUCUUGGAAAUUUAAAGGACCCGAUUUCAACUUCAAAAAACCUAAGUUUGGCUUCAGUUCUAAGUCUCCUGAGUUGAACGGUGAGGGUGAUUUGCCAGAAGCACACGUAAAAGGUCCCGACGUGAAUAUCAACGGAACCGGUGAACUGGAAGGACCGCACGCCAAGGGUGGACUUUCCGGUAGAUUUGACGCACCAAAAUUCAAGGGACCUUCAUUUGGAUUUAGCUCGAAAAGACCAAAAGGAGAUCUGGAAUCGCCAGACGCGGAACUUUCGGGUCCAGAUGCACCGGACGUAGACGUCGAAGGGUCGAGAGGUGGCAUACACAUCCCGCGUUUCAGAUUCGGGGCGAAAAAGCCUUCGACGGACGCCGACGUAGACGUAGCUGUAGGGGAGGUGCAUGCUCCCGACGCGGAAAUAAAUUCACCAGACUGGAGAACGGACGUUGACGCACCUGAGGUUAAGGGUAGAGCCUCGGGACGUUUCGGGAAAGUUAAGGGAUUCAAAGGACCAAAAUUCGGAGGACUUAAAGUUAGUGGAAAGGGAGGGGAUGUAGAUACAGAUGUAGAUUAUCCAGAGGGUUCUUCACCCAAUGCGGACUUUGAGGGAUCCGAUGUAAGAGUUAGAGGGCCAAAGGCUAAGGGAGGCUUUUCGUACAGAAUAAGAACACUUAAGGACGAGUUGAAAGAUGCAGCACAGGCAGUUAAGGAAGGUCUAACAGGCGUGUCAGAUGAGAUCAAAGGUGGAGGAAGAACGGAAGGGUGGUAUGGUGGUACAUUAAGUGGAAACCUACAAAGUCCUGAAGGCGAUGCCUCCGCCGCUAGGCCUCUUGCCAUACCCGAUGUCAGCGGGGAAGGGUCUGUCAAGACUUACAGAAGACCGGAGGCAUCUCUGUCUGCGCCCGACGCCAGCGCUGAGGGAGCGGCUGAGGGCUACAGCACCAGCGUGACGAUCAAGAGCAGCCCCUCCAGAUUCAGAUCGUCCAAGCACCUCACCGUGGGAGGACAGGACACAAAAACGACAUAUGUCUCGACCAUAACCAAGACAACUAAGACCGUGUUGGUGGAUGUUGAGGCUCAGGGUAAGGCAGCGGAAGAGGGGGCGAGCGAUCUCCUCGCCGACAUACAGGGCACCCUGGCAGCGGGCAGCGACUCGAAGGUGUCCGCGAGUGCGUCGUCCGAGGGGGUUGACGUCAGACUAAAGGGACCGGAAUAAUGAAGAAAGAACAGACGUCAGAUGAUGCAUCGCUGUACUAAUCGCCCCAUCAUCAGGCUGAGGUAACGUCUCUCCAGAGCGCCAGCCCAAAACGACUUUGGCGACGCAGGCUUCGCUUCAGCUGCAGUUCGAAACUCUUCCGCAAGGCAUCGCUGCUUUGGAGUCACCACCGCUGUAUUUACCCACUUAAACUAUGUCCUCUGAGCCAAACUUUAUCAUUCUACAAGAAACAAAAAAAAAACUACAUGUCACAGUUACGACAAUCGUGUCAUUCCUGCUACGUAAAGACCAUGCAUUUUUUUGUAAUCAGCUGUCCAAGAUUGUGCAGUUUUGUAUGUGUAGAUUUGUCGUCUGAAAAGAGAGGGAAACCAUUAAUCGAUAGCUAGAAUUAGCAGGUAACAGAAAUAGCUAACGUAAGGCUUUGAAUGUCGUAGUGUAAUUAGUCAUUAAAGGGCCUGACUAAUGUGAUAUCGCUUGUCUCUACAGUAAUCGAUAACAUCAAGCAACUUAAAGGGAAAAUAGCAAUUCAUGUAAAGCAGAUACGCAAAGAAGAGAAAGAAAAAAAAUGACAGAAAAAAAUGUAUAUGCAGUCGCACAUUGCGAUGGUUUCUGGAAGGGACGUACCAUUAUUUUCCAUGAUGGGAGCUACCUACCAUAAUGGAUGUAGAAAUGUGUUUUACCCAUGGUUCCUUCUAACAUCAAGAUUUCAUAUGUGUGAAAGUUGAAUGAAACUGUAUUUACCUAAAUUUUUACUUUUAUAAAGUGCUUUCGUGAACCCAAGUCAUCCAACAAUCGCUCUGGAUUUGGUGCCAUCCCAUUGUCUCGAAGAUUUUGUACUAUUUCUAGAAAGCGUCAUGCUGACUUUUUGGAAUAGGUUGUAAAAUACUUUCAUUCCUCCCAGCGAAAAUAAUAGUAUGUCCCGGCCGAGUGUUGCUACCGUAGCUAGAAAUCUGUAGAUGUAGUUCUCACCCAUUUCUUCUGUGUUCUUCCAUAACAACUGAGAAUGUAUUAGAGUUAUUGAUAUGAUAUUAUACCCGUACACGUUGAUCGACAAGGCAGUGUGACUCUUCCGCUGAAAUUGUAGGAGACAUGCGUAGCUUUAAAUAUGAUGAAUGGAGCAUUUUCAAAAUAAAAGUGACGCCAUAGUAUAGUGCGUGAGAUAAUGAGAAUACCAGACUGUGUGCGUAAUAUAAUCAGUAAAUGUCCCAGGAGUGUAUGACUUCACUGGAGUAACGCAAUAUGUCGCUAGCUCGUCGUUUGUCGACGUCGAUUCGGCUAUGCCUGUAUUCGAUGAUGUAUGUGUAUGUUGUGCGACGAAUAAAGGAACGAGUGUACGGAUUUGUA